CUCCUGAUGAUGACGUGAGCAACGAGUCCAACGUAAACGAAGAAUUCGCAGACGACAAGGACGGAGCAGCCGAGGAAGAGGCCGGUGUAGCCCCCCAGCGUGCCUGCGGACGAAGGAGAUGGGCGGCACGUGGAUGACAGGCACGGACGGGCCUCGCAUGGACAAGCUGACUCCCAGGCCGCACACCGCCGUGCCUGCACUUGCCGUAACUAAGUAAGGGUGGCGCUACACGUCCCCCAACAAAACAAGACAUCUUGUACACUCCCAACGUCCUUCCCCCAAGCCACAAUGCAUCGGCACACGGCGACCUUGGCCAGCUCGGGCUAUUUGAAAGAGUUUAGACGGAAGCUGAGCCGGGGAGAUGCCAGGCAGGAGAUGAGACCGCUUGCAGCUCACGAGGAGGAGGACGGCGCGGGGGGCACUCCUGACUACGGAGGCACUGCACAGCACUCGCCGGACUGGGGUGACGGCGCUUCCCCCUCCCACGACCCUGCUGCGGAGGAGGGGGGGCAACCAGAUGCAGCUGACACAACAGAUGCGAGGAGACACAGACCGAACCGCCCCACCCUCAAGAUCCUGGCCAACGCACAGAGCCCAACCCUCAGCUCCCCAGACUCAGACUCUGAUGUGCUGGGCUUCCUCGACUACACCCCUGACCCCCUCACUGACACCUACGAUGGCAAAGGUUCCAAUGCCUUCUCCAAUGUGUACCGCACCAGCAAGUACUCGGAGCUCAUGCCAGAGGUGUUUGUUCCUGGCCUCCCUGUUCACCUUAGGAUCAUCAGGGUGCAGCCAGUCCACUCCCACAUACACAUCUUCAACAACCAUGUCCUCGUCAUUGAGCUUGAGCAUGGAGACUACCGGUGGAGCGUGGAGAGGAAGGUGAGGCAGGUGGCGACCCUACACAGCAUGCUACUUCUCCUCAGGACAAGGCUUAAGAUGCCAGCAGCAACACGCUCAACACGGCAGCGACGGUACAGCAUGAGGCAGCAGAUCAAGGCAGCAGACCAGCAGGUGGGCGACACAGUGGACAGCACCACCGACAACAACACUACAGCUAACGCCACAUCGGCUGCCACCACCACCACAGCGCACCACAACAAACGAGUCCUCAAGUUCCCGCGGCGAGCCCUGCAGACCAUGGAGGAAGGUGUGCAGGGAGAGCUGGAGACAUACCUCAAGAACCUCCUUCAUCACUCCCUUUUCCGCAGCCAACGGGACGUCCUGGCAUUCUUUGAGAUUUCCCCGGUUUCCUUCAUACGAGGCAUUGGGACCAAAAUCAAAGAGGGCUACGUCAAGAAAAGAGUAGGAGGGAGUGGUGCCUGUGACUGCUGCAGCUGGCUGGCCACCCCAUGCACAGGGAAAUACAAGCAACAGUGGCUGGUGCUAAAGGAAACCUGCCUCUUCUUCCUGGUACCUGAGACGGGCCUCAUACGCACUGUUAUCCUCAUGGACUCAGCCUUUCAGGUCUCCCACAGCUACAGGCUCAUCGGUGCACGCAACAGCCUUCUCAUCUCCAAUCUGUCGAGAUCUUUAAUGAUAAAAUGCGACUCUGAUUCUAGUCAGAAGGAGUGGCUCACUACCAUCAACAAGACACAAAAAAAAUAUGCCAAAGACUUCACUGGCGGGGACAACCGAUACUCGUCCUUUGCUCCUGUGCGCAAAAACUCCUAUGCACGCUGGUACGUGGAUGGAGCAAGGUACAUGUGGGACGCUGCAGACUUGAUGGAAACCGCAAAGGAGGAAAUCUUCAUCACAGACUGGUGGAUGAGCCCUCAGAUCUAUCUCAAGCGACCAGACCUCACAGGACAUAAGUGGAGACUAGCAGAGGUCUUGAGGAGAAAGGCUGAAAGUGGUGUGAGGGUCUUCAUCCUGCUCUAUAAGGAGGUGGAGUUGGCCCUUGGAAUCAGCUCUCUUCUCACCAAACAGACAGUCAACCAACUUCAUCCCAAUAUUAAGGUCCUGCGUCACCCCGACCACAUGGCAGGCGGGGUGCUGUACUGGGCCCAUCACGAGAAGGUGGUGGUAAUAGACCAGAUGUUUGCCUUCGUCUCGGGCAUAGAUCUUGCCUUUGGGAGAUGGGACGACCAUAGACACAAACUAAUAGACACAGGCCAUGCAGGGGUGCAGCACACUCUCCCCAAGCCCCACAACACUCACCAUAACCCAGGCCAAACCAGUCAAAGCUCUGGGGGCGCUCUGCAGCACCUCCUCCGCGGCACCAAUGAAGUUCUAGUCAAGACCGUCACCAACUCAUCACCAAACAGCCGCCGGCCCUCCAUUGACACCAUAGAUAAUUCCAGGCUCCCACCCAGCACCGAGAGGAAAGCCAGCAAUCCUGAGAACCCCACCAGCACCUCGGAUAGUAUCCAAGCCACGCUGAAUAGUGCCAGUGCCUCACUAUCAUCAGCAGAGGUUCGUAACACCCCUGCCAACACUUCAGAGGCUCUGAGUGGCCCACUUGCCACACCGGAAGAUUCCACUUCUGAAGUCGAGUCCUUUGAUGAAUUAGAUGAGGUUGAACAGCCAUCUACAAUUGUCAAUGGAUGGAAGGGAGCAGUCACCAACCUGGGAGGCAAGAAACGUCUGAGGAACAUCAACAACAACACCACAGAUCUUCAGAAUGGCAGCGCCGGCCACCUUCCAGCCCAAGACGAGAAUGAAAAACCUCCUGAGUCCCCGGUUAAGAAAACUAGGUUUUUCUCCCGUGAAGGGAGAGAUCGUGCCAAUACAAGCUCCAGUGCUGACGAGGAGAGGAAGGGAGCGGGAGGGAAGAGUUUCAGGGAAGUGAAGAGGAGGGGCAUGGAAAUGGUGGAGGAGAUGAAGGAGAAGGGGCGGGAGAUGAGACGAAGGUUACACCGGAGAGCCAGUUUGGACUCUGACAUUUCCUCAACCUCCUCAGACGAUGGAGAGAAGAGGGAGAGCAUGAGGAAGGCUCGUAAUAGUUUCUCUCGCAUGCAUGGGCGUCGGCUGCAGCGUGUGAGGGACCAGAUAGGCAGCUGCUCCUCCCUGGCACAGGCGCACAACCUUGUCACCAUGGAGGACACGACUUCCACGCACCUCUGGGUCGGGAAGGACUACGUUAACUGGAUCAGCAAGGAUCUGGAUAACCUGGAUGAGCCAUUCAAAGACAUCGUGGACAGACACCAAACACCACGGAUGCCCUGGCAUGACAUUGGGCUGUUUGUUGAGGGUCCGGCCGCACGAGAUGUGGCCAGACACUUCAUCCAGCGCUGGAAUGCUGUCAAGACUGAGAAGGCCAAACCCAACCACAGCUACCCAUACCUGCUGCCGCGCACCUACGAGAAGGACAGCUUCAUCUCCUCCAACCUUCACCCUCGACACCGGGUCAAAUGCCAGGUGGUUCGAAGUGUGUCUAAGUGGAGUGCUGGGUUGGACGAGACGGAGGCCAGCAUCUUUUCAGCCUACGUGGAUCUGAUUCGCCGGGCCAAGCACUUCAUCUACAUUGAGAACCAGUUUUUCAUCACGCGGAGUAAUGUUGACGAGUAUAAGGAGGUCAUGAACUACCUGGGAUUCGAGAUUGUGCAGCGGAUUUUAGAGGCUCACAGGAAGAAUCAGCCGUUCAAGGUGUACAUCCUCCUGCCGCUAUUGCCAGCGUUUGAGGGCAUGAUAGGCAAGGCAAGUGGGAUCGCCAUGCAGUACAUUGUCUACUGGAACUAUGUCAGCAUCUGCAAGGGCAAAUUCAGUGUGAUCCAGUGCCUCAAGGAUCACGGGAUCACUGAGUGGGAGCGCUACGUCACCUUCUCCUCCCUGCGAACACAUGAGAGUCUUGGGGAGAGGCCCGUCUCUGAGCUCAUCUAUAUCCACUCCAAGCUAAUGAUUGUAGAUGAUCGCUUUGUCAUCGCCGGCUCAGCAAACAUCAACGAUCGCAGCCUCAAUGGCCUGCGGGACUCUGAAGUCUGCCUGGUUAUUGAGGACCAGGAAUUUGAGACUGGUGUGAUGAACGGGAAGGCCUAUGAGUCAGGUGUGUUCGCUGGCAGCAUGAGGCGCUACCUGUUUAGUGAGCACCUGGGAGAGGCAGAUCUGGAAAAGCCUACCUUUGAUGUGUCGGACCCUGUGAGCGAUGCAUUCUUCAUCAACGUAUGGAGCUACAUUGCUAAUAAAAACACCUUAAUCUAUGAGGAGGUGUUCUCGUGCUACCCUUGCAACAGUGCCACCACCUUUGAAGAUCUGGACCGCUUGCGCUCUGCCCCAACCCUGGCGGAUGUGAACCCAUCUGCGGCGAAGGCCAAACUGAAGGAAGUGCAGGGCCACUUGGUGCAGUUUCCACUUGACUUCCUGAAAGAUGAGAUGAUCAAGCCGGGCGUGGGCAGCAAGGAGUACCUCUUGCCCAUGGAAACAUGGACGUGAGAGGCAGACAUAGUUGUAGAAGGUAGCAGUAGGUGUGUUCCUAGGCUCCUGGCUGGAGGCUUGUAAAAUAUUCUACAGAUGACUCUUUUGUAAUAUAUUCUUUAGAUGACUUUAAUAGGCUGUAGCUUCCCAAAGUCAAGGCAGCUAGGUAUAGUAGCUUUCCAGAUACAUAUUUUGUUGGUUGUGAUUGUAUUUUAAAGUCCAGAGCCAUUUAUUUCACCUAUGUUAACUUGACAUUUUCCAGGGACUCUUUGUUGACCAUACCUUUUGAGUUUUCAUAACCCUCAAGCCUCAAGGAUUUCUGGUUCCAUAGUACCCAAUUGUGUAUUCCAGUUUGCACACAUUAAAAUUGCACUGCUCAAACUCCUCUGUGGAAAGUUUCAGCUGUUGUGAUGUGAAGCUGGAAACCUAUGCUAAGGUGUGCACAAAGGGAUAAUAUGGAGAAGUUGAUCACCUCUGAGGGAAAUAAUUAACAGGUGCUAGUCUGCAGUGUAAUGUUUCACCACUAGAGAGACAUAGAUGGGACAUGUCUGGUGCAGUGAGUGUGUGUGUGCUUGUGUGUAUGUAUAUAUGUAUGUGUGUAUAUGUGUGUGUGUAUAAUCUUGAUAUUUUUUAUGGUACUGAGUGAUUGAUCAAGUUUGUAAUUGACCAUUUGAAAUAAUUUUAUCAUGCCUGUCCUUCAAUUUACAUGUAUUUCAUGUCAUCAGGUUAUUCAUUCCACAGUUCAGUUUCUUCCUCUAAGCACUAGUCUCCUUUUUUCCUGUUGUGCCAGAAUUUAUUACAUGACAUUUUUCCGUUGAAAAUUACA